AUGGGCCAUGAAUGCAAUGAAUGUGGCAGAAACUUCAGUCUAGGGCCAGUCUCUUCUCACCAGGGGGAACAAACAGUAAAGAGUCUCCACAAAUGUGACAGACACAAAAAGAGCUUCAAACUAAAUUUAGAUCUAAGUAAAUACAAUGGAAACUGCUCACAGAAGACAUGUUCUAGGUAUAGUGAAUGUGAGAAAUCCUUCAGUUAUAAUUCUGAGCUUACUGAAUGUCUUAGAAAUCAUACUGGGGAGAAAGCUUGGGAAUGCAACAAAUGUAGGAACUCCACUUAUCACAGUUCAUCCAUUACUUCAAAUCAAAAAAGUCAUUCUCAAGAGAAACUGGGUAAGUCUGAUAAAUGUGGAGGGUCCUUUUCCCAGAGCAUACAAGUUAAUGAACAUCAGAAAAUUCAUACUGGAGAGAAACCUCAUGAAUGUCAUGAAUGUGGGAGGACUUUUGCUCAGAGUGCACAUCUUGCUCAACAUGAAAGGCGUCAUUCUGGUGAAAAAUCUUAUGAAUGCAAUGAAUGUGGGAAGACCUUUAGCCGUAGUGCAUAUCUUACUGAACAUCAGAGAAUUCACACUGGAGAGAAACCAUAUGAAUGUAAUGAGUGUGGCAAGUCCUUCAUCAGAGGCACUUAUCUUACUCUACAUCAGAGAACUCAUACUGGAGAAAAACCUUAUGAGUGUCAUGAUUGUGGAAAAGCCUUCCCUCAGAGCAUACAGCUUCUUGGACAUCAGAGAAUUCAUACAGGAGAAAAACCUUAUGAAUGUAAUUACUGUGGGAAGACAUUUAGACAUAGCUCAUCCCUUAAUUCCCAUCACAGAGUCCAUACUGGAGAGAAACCUUAUGAAUGUAAUGAGUGUGGAAAGGCCUUCAAACACAGCUCUUCCCUUACUUACCAUCACAGAAUUCAUACUGGAGAGAAACCCUAUGAAUGUAAAGAAUGUGGGAAGACCUUCCCCCAGAGCAUACAACUUAUUGGACAUCAGAGAAUUCAUACAGGAGAGAAACCUUAUGAAUGUAAUGAAUGUGGGAAAGCCUUUAGCCGAAAAACACAGCUUACUCGACAUCAGAGAAUUCAUACUGGAAACAAACCUUAUGAAUGCAAUGCAUGUGGUAAGGCCUUUUGCCAAAAGACUCAGCUCACUAAACAUCAACGAAUUCAUACUGGAGAGAAGCCAUAUGAAUGUCAUGAAUGUGGAAAGUCCUUCCGCCAAAGGUCACAUCUUACUUACCAUCAAAGAAUUCAUACUGGAGACAGUCUUUGUUAAUAUAAUGAAAGGAAAAAUGGUUUUGGUCAUCCUCUUUUUAGACCACAAACUUAAAGGAAACUGUAAAUAAAUAAUAUCUUAUUUCCCAGAACAGUUAUUCCAAACUCUCUUCAUGUUGCCAGCCUCCUCUUUUGUACAAUGUGCAAAAUUACAGCAGAUGACUUUGCCCCUUUUUAAGUGAUGAUCUUAUUAAUUCAUCUUUUUCUUCUCUUGUUCCCAUUCUUCCUCUCCCCCACUUUUUCCUGCUGUCAUGUUUCUUUAAUCCAUUGAACUUGACAUAUGGGGGAUCUUAGUUCAAAUCCUACUUAUAACAUCUAUUGAUUGGGAACCAUUUCCUUAAACUCUCAACUUCAGUUUCAUCAUCUCCAAAGUGGAGAUAAAAAUACCUAUAAUACUUCUUUCAUGUGGCUGUGAUUAUCAAAUGAACUACAAUAUAUAUAUUAAAGCAUUUUCCAUUAAAAUGCUCUAUAAAUGUCAGCUGUUAUGAUUAUGAAUAUUUUCCUUUUCACCUUUUAUUUACUCCUUCCAACUACCAUCUGAACCUCUUCUCUCUCUUUUUCUGCUAGGCUUCUUGAAAAAGUUGUCUGUACUCAGGCAGAAUCUCUGGUUCCUUCCACCCAUCAUUUAAAUGUUUUAUAGUAUGUCUGCUAACCACUUGACAGAUCUUGUUCUCUUGGAAAUUACUAGUCACUUCCUAUUGGACAACCCCUCCCCCCAAUUUAUCAUACUCUUUUUUAUCUCCGUAACUGGUUGGAAAGGAAGAAACAUGAUCCCCCACAUGCAGCAAGGUAUUAUGCAUUCUGACUACACUUAUGGAGUAGUUCAGUCAACCUCAGUAUACCACUUGAUUCAUUGUUUUAUAUUUGAUUUUUAUCCUUCUGGACACUAUACCAAUCUAGGAAGUAUGUUGAUUCCUUUAUUCCUCAUUAAUAAACUUACAAUCUCUAUUUUAUUAAUAGGCUCCAGUCCCCAUUCUAUUUCCUUUUUUAAGGUUCCCUUCCCAUUUAAUUAUUACCCUCUUUUCCUAAUAAUUGUUACUCAUAUUCUACAUUUAAAUACAUAUAAAAAUUGCUGAACUUUGUACGUAUGUAUACAUAUGUGUGUGUGUAUGUGUGUGUGUGUGUGUGUAAUUUAUUACCAAUUGAAGACUGCUAUUAUAUCCUUAUGUCUUCUUUUCUUUAGGCUAAACAGAAACAGUUUCUCUGAAUCAUUGAAUGGUAUGAAUUUGAAACCCAACACCUUUCUGGCCGCACUCCUCUGCAAAUCUUCUACCUUCCUAAAAUAUGGUGCUCAGAGUUGAGCACUGUAUAGGAUAAAUACACUAGGACCUUCACCUCCUCUUCAUGCAGUGCAAGUUCACUGUAGCUUUUUUGGCUGCCAGAUUAGAGUGGUGACCCACGUAGAGUUUGCAGUCCUUUACAUCCUUUUCAGAGGAAUGACUGUUUAGCCAUGCUUCCCCUGUCUUGUACAAGUGUAAGAAUUAACAUUUAUCCCUCUUACAUUUCUUCUGAGUAGACUCAGCAUAAAUAUUUUAGCCUUUUAAGUUGUUUUGGAAAAAGGACUCAGUUACUCAGUAAGUUUGCUAACCCUGUCGGCUUGUGUCAUGUGCACACCUGAUCAGAUUGUUUUCUAUCCUUUUAUCCAUACCGUUGAUGACAACAUGAUAUUGUGUACUCUCCACUCGCUACUUGCUAAGCUGACAUUCAACCAUUAACAACUGUGCUUUUUGGCCUGGCCGUUCAGCUAAUUAAUUAAUAUUGCUUGGCCUUUGUCUCUACCUAUAUCCUGACUAAAGAGAACAGUGAGUUUCAUGUGACCUCUUCUUGAUGAAGCAAUGCUGAUUCUUUGUUGUCACUGCUUCCUUUUCUAGAUGUUUACUAACCAGCCUUUUAACAACACUUUUCAGAAUUUUGCUGCAGAGGCAUUUUGUUGCAGCAGAAAGGGUGCUCACCUUGGAGUUAUAGGAUCUAAGUUUGAAUCCUGGCUCUGCUUCUUACCUGUGAGACAUUGGACAAGUGACCUAACCUUGGUACCUCUGUUUUCCCAUCUGUAAUAUGAGGGGUUUGAAUUAAAAUGACUUAAGGUCUCUUCCAGUUCUAAAUCCAUGAACCUAUGAAAUGGAAUCCCAGCCAAGAUCACUAGUCUAUAAUUUGUAGAUGUCAUUCUUUUAAAAAUUUGAGACAUGUCUUUUUCUCCACUCCUAUAAGACUUACCCAGUUUUCCACAUCUUUUCUCAGAUCACCUCAUGCUCUCCAGUCUCGAGCCAGAUUGGCCAACCCACUGUCUCUCACACAUAAUGUUUCAUCUCCUAUUCCAGUGCCUUGGCAUAUGCUUUCAGGCCUGGAAUGUUCUCCCUCCUCAACCUCCACCUCUAGAGCCCCUUCCUGCUUUCAAGGCUGUGCUCUACUCCUACUCUUUGGAAGAUCCCUUCUUGAUUUCCCUCCUUGCUAGUAUGUGCCUUCAAAUCGUGGUGUAUUUAUUGUGAGUAUAUUUUUUAUUUACUGAACUGUAACUCUCUGCUCUUUGAGUUCAGGGAUUGUCUCAGAUACAAUGGAAUCCCAAGCUCUUAGGACAGUGUCCGACAUGUAGUUAGGUAAUGAACUGACUCAGUGGGUAAAGUCUUGGGCCUGGAGUCAGGAAGAACUGAGUUCAAAUCCACCCUCAGACACUUCUUAGCUGUGCCAGUCACUUCACUUCUCUCUGCUUUCAUUUCUUUGCUAUAGAAUGGGGGUAAUAAGCACAUUUACCUCCAAGGGUGGCUGUGAGGCUCAAAUGAGUACUUAGCACAGAGCCCAGCAAAGAGUGGACACACAAGGACUUUCCCUUCUAGUGAAGAAUCCCAGAAUUCUAUCUUUACAAGGAAUGCCAGAGACUGUUUUCUUUUUUUCCUUUUCUUUCUUUCUUUCUUUUUUUUUUGGGGGGGGGGUAAGGCAAUUGGGGUUAAGUGACUUGCCCAGGGUCACACAGCUAGUAAGGGUCUGAGGCUAGAUUUGAACUCAGGUCCUCCUGAAUCCAAGGCCACUGCUCUAUCCACUGUGCCACCUAGCUGCCCCCAGAGACUACUUUCUAAGCCGCAGUGGAGACUCUCCUCUACAAUAGAGCUGACAAGGAGUUGGCCAGCCUUUGCCAGGAGGUGUUCGAUGACAUCCAUCAAACUCCUACAUGAACUCGGUGCACUUUGGAAUCGCAGAGGAUUGAAGGCAUUUCCCCUACAGGAAGCCUCCAUUGAUGUCUUUUUACUUCAGUUCACAGUUCCCCAUUCUGUCUCUUCUAUGUAAUGUCCUCUGCUCCUAGAGUGUGUUCUCUUUCUUUCAUGUCUUCUGAUGUAAAAAGUACAGAAUGUUAUCAUGAAAAAAGAAUGUAGAGAUACUUUAAUCUCACCCUUCAUUUUGUAGAUGAGAAAAUAGGCCUUAGCGAUACUAAGUGAUGUAAUCACUAAGUGUAUGCAGAGAAUUAUUGGCAGAGGCUGUAGUAAAAAUCAAGUUUCCUGAUUUAAUCAACCAGGCAAUUAUUAAGCACCUUUUAUGUGCUAGGCUUUGGUAAAGAUGUAGAGGCUGGGGGGCUGCUAGGUUGCACCAUAGUGUGCAGAGAACUGAACCUGGAUUCAGGAAGACUCAUCUCCCUGAGUUCAAAUCUGGCCUCAGAUACUAAGCUGUGGGACCCUGAACAAUCACUUAACCCUGUUUGCUUCAGUUUCUUCAUUUGUAAAGGA